AUGGGCGGCCGUGCGGCUGCUUCUCCUCUUAUUCAACUCCUCAUAUUUUGUAUUCUAGCUAGCUGCGGGCUGACGGCCGAUGUCUGUCGGGAUGGCGUCAAGCAACUAACGAACACCAACGGGACCCAGGUCAGCGAUGAAUGCUGCGACGGCUUUCUUCGGGAUCGUGUGAAGGGCGUCUGUUCACCUUGCCCGCUGGGGUGGACGGGCCGAGUUUGCGAUCAGCCAUGUAGCAAGGGCUUCUUCGGGCCUGCUUGUCAGCAUCCCUGUGAAGACUGCGCGGCUUGCGACCGUUUCAGCGGAAAGUGUGAGGAGUAUGACUGGAGCAAAGCGUGGGCCGACGGCAGACUAUUCGCUUCCAUCGUCACAAUUUUACUCAUCUGCCUAGCGGUGGCCAUUCUUUCUAUGGCCAUCGCGUAUACAAUGUUUUACCGAAGAAGGCGCAGUCAGAGCUCGCGAGAAGAAAGAACUAGAAUCACAUCCGACCUUAACCAACCAGUGACGGGUAUACCACGGGUCUGUUUAGGAUGUCGCUGUGCACUUUUUCAUCCGUCGUCAAAACAGCAUAAUAAUAGUUUUGUAAUAAAGAUUUAUAUGUGCCACAACGCUUGCGACACGCCA